CAGCAGCAGCAGCAGCAGCAGCAGCAGCAGCAUCGGCGCAGAACUCAGAGCCGGACGAUGGUGCUGGUGAAGAACAGCGACCCAUCGUACCGCAGGAGCAUCGCACUGCACCAUGGGGCCCCCAGGAGCCUGGGGCUCUUCCUGGAGGAGGUGUCUGAGCUCAUGCAGUACCGCGUCCGCAAGCUGUACACCUCCGAGGGCCACAAGAUAGACAGCGUGCAUGGUCUCUUGCACGGCCCGAGUGUCCUUAUCUGCGUAGGACGUGAGCCUUCUCACCCCGCCAUCCUCGAGAAUUUGCCGAAAACAGGAGAUGAAAAAGUUCCCAGAUUACAUGUGAGGUUGAGCUCCACUGGCUGUGGUGAGGAACAGGAGAUCCAAGGUGUCGAGAAAAAGAAAACUGGAACCCAGCCCGAAACCAACGGCAGCACCAACAGAUUCCCUGACAUGCCACUGCCAGGCGGCAGGAAUUCCCUGGAGCCUGUGGACCCCCACCCCAACCCAGAAGAGGCCGUAAUGGACGACGACAUCGAGAAACGCGUUGUCGUCAACGAGGACGGCAGCCUCUCGAUGGAAAUGAAGGUGCGCUUCCGGCUCCUAAACGACGAGACGCUGCAGUGGUCCACGCAGGUCACGAGGAACGGAGGUCCGAAGCCCGGCGAGCAGCGCCAGGGGUGCGGCUACUACCUCGAGCAGAGCAGCGUGGAAAGCUGCUCCGAAUCGGAGUGCGUCGUCUCCGCCUGCGAGACGCAGGAGUUGAGUCUCACCCAGCGCUACCAGAAACACAUGGAGGAGGCCCACUGCACCCACUGCUGUGAUCAAUGUCAGGAGUACCACACCUGGACCAACCGACCGAUUCCAGAAGCGCAGGGAGGUGGCGGCAACGUCAAGUCGUCGAGCUCCAGCGCGUCCUCGCACACAACUGUCUGCAAGAGGACGGAGGUUAAAAACACACAAACUACCUCAAUGUCGAGUGAGGAAUGCGGCGGGCAGGUGGUGGAGACGGAGACAUGGGUGGAGAGCACCAUCAAUACAGUGGACACCAUCGAGUAUUGCACGAUCACGAGCGCCGUGACCCCUCAGAGGUUUGAGGGAGGAUCUGCCGUGGUCGACGGGGUCGACAGUGCUGAGGAAAUACCAGAGAGAGGAACAUUGGUUCCAACCCAAAGAGAAGAAAGGGCCUGCUCUGCCAUCAGUGCCUCCUCCAUGAUCUUAACGCAUCUCACAGAGAGUCUAGAUGACGAGGAGGACGACGAUCUUCCUACUGGGGUUUCAAGACCAGAUUCAUGUGCUCAAAAAGGAAGUCCAAGCCCCCGAAGUAGAGGAUCCGUUGCUUCUGCUCAUUCAAGAAUGUCCAAAAUAAUAUCGAAAGCUUCAACUCCAGGGAGAGAAAUGUCCUCACCACUAUCAACAACUUCUAGGUCAUCAAAGACAAAGUGCACAUGUGUACCUUUGGGUGACCCUAUCAAAAAUACAUCUGAUAGCAAUAGCCCAAAAAUUGAGAAACGACAGUCAUCAAGUGCCAUGUCUGUUAAAUCUCACACCUCUUCGAGGGAAAUACUAAUCAAUGAGGAUGAAGAUCCCGAAUGCCCUAAAAGCACUAUAUUAGUACAAAACUCUGCUGAGGAGAAGGAUGAAGUUUUGGAUGAAGCAGAAAGUGCUCAAGAGGUAGUUGAAAACAGAGUGACAAGUUCCAUGUCAUCCAGGUCUAGGUCAAACACUUCCACUAGAACCUCACAGGCAUCGGAGCUUCCACCAGAACCAAGCGAUCAUGCAAACAGAGCCCCUAGCCACUUAUCACAAAGAUCAGGAGCUUCUGUAAGAUCAAAUAGAUCAACAAAAAAUAAAAGUCCAGAAGAGCAAGACACAAAGAAAGAUGACGGUGCUGAAAAUACAGAUGAUGAAACAGCUGAAGGAUCUUAUGAGAACCAACCAAAGGAUGAGAGGGUGUCUAGUGCCACGUCAUACAAAUCAGCGAAAUCAACCAAUUCCCAUGUUUCCGCCAGAUCAAUAAAGUCAAAGUCGUCUGAGGUUCAAGCAGAAAUAUCCUCUGAUGAUCACGAGGAACCAAUGGAAAGAGCUCCAAGUAUGCAGUCAGUCAAAUCAACCAAAUCAGCAAAGAGUGAAGCUGGUGACAUUCCUGAUGAUCCUGAUACUGAAGAGGAAUUUCCGGACAGGCCAAAAAGUGCCAGGUCUAAUACCUCUAACAGAUCGAAUAGAUCAAAAAGAUCUCACCGUUAUUUGGUUUCAGAUGAGGACACUGCAAUAUCUAAGCCUAAAUCAAAGACAUCUACAGUUCCUCCUGAACUGGUAGAGAGCCCAGUAAGCACAACACCAACAAAGUCAGUAGAAUCAAAUGCUUCAGCACUGUCUGCUGAUGAUGAUAAUUUGGAUGGUGAAAAUGCAGAGGAUGUAAUGGAAGAGACAGCAUCCAGUUGCAUUUCAUUCAAAUCCACGGAAUCCACAAAGUCAAAUGAAUCAGCUUUAUCAGAAAAAUCUGAAUUUUCUGAAAUUACUGCUGUAGAAAGUGAUGACAUCUCUGCUGAAGACACUGCAGUAGAGGAAUUCAACAAACCUGAAAACGACAGAUCAAGCUCAAUUUCUAAUGUUUCAGCAAAAUCAAAAAGAUCUAAAUGCUCUGAAGUUCCGUCCGACCAAUGUGUAGAGAUGUCUGAUGAAAUGAUCACAGACGAAGGAGAUAGAUCUAGUGGGAAGUCAGCUAAUUCUCACGUCUCCAGAAGAUCUUGGACUUCAAGGUCCCCUGUUGUGUCGUCGCAAGAAGAUACUGCAGAAGACGAAUGCAAUGUAGAAAGACCAGCAGGUUCCACAUCAAGAAAGUCUAUAGAAUCACAUGAAUCAGGAAUCUCAAAUAACUCAAAGGCUUUUGCAAGUGAUGAACGAUCACUCAGUGUCUUGUCGGCCAAAUCAACAAAGUCAAAUAUCUCUAGAACCUCCAGAAAGUCUUCUGCAGUUAAAUCUGAAGAAAACUCAGAAAAUGAAACCAAUAUGGAAGAGAGAGCUUCAAGCACCAUGUCAAUGAAAUCUACAAAAUCUAAAGAUGAUGAUGACGUUCCUGACAAUGGAACCACUGCAAAGGAAACAACAGCACGUGCAACGAGUGUCAUGUCAACAAAAUCAGCUAGGUCCAAUGUUUCUGCUAGAUCUAGAAAAGCUGAAGUUCCAUCUGUUAAUGUUGACAAACCUGAUAGGGAAGAUGGAGAAGUCGCAAUUGAAGGCAGAAAGGCUGAGCCGGAACCUGGUGAAAGAGCAGCGAGUGGCAUGUCGGCUAAAUCAUCAAGGUCAAAUCGCUCCACAAAAUCAAAGACAUCAAAAGAACCUGGAGAUCCUGCUGAAGUAGCAAGUCCUACUCCUGCUGAAAAGGUCGCUGAACAGGAAACUGAAGGGCGAGGAAGUGCCAUGUCAGUAAAGUCCAAUAUCUCUGCAAAAUCUGGGAUCUCAAAGACCCCUGUGGCGUCGUCGCAGGAAGAUACUGCAGAAGACGAAUGCAAUGUAGAAAGACCAGCAAGUUCCUCAUCAAUAAAGUCCAUAGAAUCACAUGCAUCAGGAAUCUCAAAUCAAUCAAAAGCCUUUGUAAGUGAGGAAAGACCACUAAGUGUCCUGUCGGCCAGAUCAACAAAGUCAAAUAUCUCCAGAACCUCUAAAAAGUCUUCUGCAGUUAAAUCUGAAGAAAACACAGAGAAUGAAAACGACAUAGAAGAGAGAGCAUCAAGCGCCAUGUCACUGAAAUCUACCAAAUCUAAUGUUUCUUCAAGGCAGAAGAAGUCUAAAUACUCUGAUGCUACUGAUGGAAACUGUGAUUUGGUAGAGAUUGAGUCAGAGGUGAGAGCUCCAAGUAAUAUGUCCUCAAAAUCAACCAAAUCAGCAAAGUCGAAUGCUCCUGGCGUAUCCAACAAAUCCAAGGAUUCGGAAAGUUCGACUGUAAAUAGUGGUGAUGUUCCAGACAAUGGAAACACUGCAAAAGAAACGACAGAGCGUGCAACGAGUGCCAUGUCAACAAAAUCUGCUAGGUCCAAUGUCUCUGCUAGAUCUAGAAAAGCUGAAGUUCCAUCUGUUAAUGUUGAAAAACCUGAUGGGGAAGAUGGAGAAGACGCAAUUGAAGGCAGAAAGGCUGAGCCGGAACCUGGUCAAAGAGCAGCGAGUGGCAUGUCGGCUAAAUCAUCAAGGUCAAAUCGCUCCGCAAAAUCAAAGACAUCAAAAGAACCUGGAGAUCCUGCUGAAGUAGCAAGUCCUAUUCCUGAUGAAAAGGUGGCUGAACAGGAAACUGAAGGGCGAGGAAGUGCCAUGUCAGUAAAGUCCAAUAUCUCUGCAAAAUCUGGGAUCUCAAAGACCCCUGUGGCGUCGUCGCAGGAAGAUACUGCAGAAGACGAGUGCAAUGUAGAAAGACCAGCAAGUUCCAAAUCAAUAAAGUCCAUAGAAUCACAUGCAUCAGGAAUCUCAAAUAAAUCAAAAGCCUUUGUAAGUGAGGAAAGACCACUAAGUGUCCUGUCGGCCAGAUCAACAAAGUCAAAUAUCUCCAGAACCUCUAAAAAGUCUUCUGCAGUUAAAUCUGAAGAAAACACAGAGAAUGAAAACGACAUAGAAGAGAGAGCAUCAAGCGCCAUGUCACUGAAAUCUACCAAAUCUAAUGUUUCUUCAAGGCAGAAGAAGUCUAAAUGCUCUGAUGCUACUGAUGGAAACGGUGAUUUGGUAGAGAUUGAGACAGAGGUGAGAGCUCCAAGUAAUAUGUCCUCAAAAUCAACCAAAUCAGCAAAGUCCAAUGCUCCUGGCGUAUCCAAUAAAUCCAAGGAUUCGGAAAGUUUGACUGUAAAUAGUGGUGAUGUUCCAGACAAUGGAACCACUGCAAAAGAAACGACAGAGCGCGCAACGAGCGCCAUGUCAACAAAAUCAGCAAGGUCCAAUGUCUCUGCUAGAUCUAGAAAAGCUGAAGUUCCAUCUGUUAAUGUUGACAAACCUGAUGGGGAAGAUGGAGAAGACGCAAUUGAAGGCAGAAAGGCUGAGCCGGAACCUGGUGAAAGAGCAGCGAGUGGCAUGUCGGCUAAAUCAUCAAGGUCAAAUCGUUCUGCAAAAUCAAAGACAUCAAGAGAACCUGGAGAUCCUUCUAAAAGGAAUACAGCCAGUCCUGCUGGAGAUGCAAGUCAUCUUCCUGAUGAAAUGGCGAAUGAACAGGAAACUGCAGGGCGAGGAAGCGCCAUGUCAGUAAAGUCCAACAUCUCUGCAACAUCUGGGAUCUCAAAGACCCCUGUGGCGUCGUCGCAGGAAGAUACUGCAGAAGACGAGUGCAAUGUAGAAAGACCAGCAAGUUCCACAUCAAUAAAGUCCAUAGAAUCACAUACAUCAGGAAUCUCAAAUAAAUCAAAAGCCUUUGUAAGUGAGGAAAGACCACUAAGUGUCCUGUCGGCCAAAUCAACAAAGUCAAAUAUCUCCAGAACCUCCAGAAAGUCUUCUGCAAAAUCUGGGAUCUCAAAGGCCUCUGGAAACCAACACAAAGUCCACGGAGUAAAUAACGAGGAACCUCAAGAGAGACCAGCAAGUGCACAUUCUGGAAGCACAGCUGAUGUUUCUGAUGAACCAAAUGGUCCUGAGGACCGAGCACCAAGUGCCUUGUCAGCAAAGUCUGCAAGGUCCUGUGUAAGUACCAAAUCAAAAAAAUCGGUAAAAUCCAAUGCAUCAUCAAUAAUACUGAAGAAAUCCAAAGAUAGUGAAGAAAAAAGGGUUGAGCUUAUCGCAGAUACAGAAGAUGACAUUGAAGAGAGAGCAGGAAGUUGCGUCUCAAAUACAACAGAAAAUUCUCAAAUUCUCAUGAGAAACCAAAACUCAGUAUCUGCUGAUUUAUCAGAUGUUGAAAGUCCUGAUGGAGAAAAUAAACAUCAGCUAACGACAGAGAAAGCAGAAAGCUGUAAAUCUGUUAAAUCAAAGAAAUCCAAACAAAGAGAUAUUUCAAUUAACAAUGACAACGAAGACAGCGCAUCCACAAAAUCCAUCGAGUCUCAUGUUUCUGUCAGUUCAAUGAAGUCAAACUCAAACGAUCUGUCAGAAUUACACGCCACUGACAAUGAGGAUAGACCUCCAAGCAUCGUUUCAGUCAAAUCCCAAAAAUCAAACGUUUCAACUGUAUCUGCCCAUUCAAAGGUUUCUGAAUUAACCACUGGUCAUGGAGAUGAUAUUCUGGAUGCAGGACUUGCCGAACAGGAAUCAGAGGUCAGAGCGCCAAGCAACAUGUCCGAAAGGUCGGCAAAGUCUGGCCUUUCUGCAAAAUCCGGCAUUUCUGCAAAAUUGAUGUGUUCAAAGGCAUCAGAAGUUCAGUUUGAAAGACCAUCAAGUAUAAGAUCCGAAAAGUCAAAUGUUACAAUGACAAAUGAACAAGCAGAUGUUUCUGAAGGCCCAUUUGCACCUAUUGUUAUUAUUCAGGAAACUUCUGAAACUGAUGGGAGGGCGCCAAGCUCAUUGUCAGCAAAAUCAGCAAAAUCAGCAAAAUCGGCAAAAUCAAACCUUUCUCUAAGAUCUACAAAGUCCAAGCACUCUGAUGUUCCAACUGAAGCUACCUUGGUUGAUCACAAGGAACCUCUGAUAAGAGCUAUGAGCUCCCUGUCAGUUAAAUCAGCCAAAUCAGUGAAGUCAACAACUUCAACCGCAUCUAACAAACCCAAAGUUUCCAAACGCCCUGUUGAAAAUGGUGAUGAUAUGCACAUUAAAGGACCUGCAGAAGAAGAAACUAUGGACAGAGCAAGUGCAAAGUCAGUGAAAUCAGCUAAAUCAAACAUCUCUGCUUCAAAGUCAGCUAAUAGUGCUGUGUCUACGACAUCUGAAUGUUCUUCAGAGGUUUGUGAUGUUAUUCAAGAUCAAGGACAUGCUGCAGAAGAAAAUAUAAAGAGAUCAAAAAGCUCCAUGUCAGCAAAAUCCGCCAAGUCAAAUCGGUCUGUAAAAUUGGGAACCACAAUGGCAUCUCAAGUCACCCCUGAAAGUUCUGAAAGAUGCAUUGCUGAUGAAGGAUCUACUGAAGAGGAUAAUGCAAUCAGAGUAGCAAGUGCCCAGUCAAACACAUCUGUAAAGUCCAACCUCUCUAGAAAACCUAGCCCCUCAAAUGUAUCUGGAAGUAUCUUACUUGAUGUCGAGGCUGAAGAAAGACAGACAACUGUGCUGUCAGUAAAGUCAGCAAAGUCAACUUCUACUGCUGUAUCAAGAAAAACGAAGGUUUCUCACUGUGACAUUGAUGAUGUUGAUGAAGAAAUGACGAAUGAAACAGACAAAUCGUUCAUCUGUGCAAAGUCUUCAAUGAUCUCAUUUGUGAACAUAAAGGAUAAUGAAGAAAGGCCACCCAGUGCCACGUCUGCAAAGUCAAAUAUUUCAGCAUGUAAAAAAGUAUCAACACCUUCCAAAGAUGCACUAACACAUACUGCGAAAGACCAACAAAGUCUGUCAGUCAGGUCAAAAAAAUCAAAAAAAUCAGAGAAACCAAAAACCGAACCUUUGCUUAUAUCACACGAUGGCUCCAAGGAUGACAGUGAUUUGUCACAGUCACUUCCGUUUUCAGAUAUUGAUGAUGAAAAGUCGGACACUCAUCAGGCAGAUAACCAAUCAAAUUCAAAUGUCUUCAAUAGGACCAGAACAGGUUCAUCACAACCGAAGACAGAAGAUCUUGUCCCAUCCAGGCUACCAAAUGCAUCACCCACAGAGGUUGUCAGUGAGUGGUUGAAAAACAUCCCAGCUGACAAUGUAAUGUACGACAAUGUAGACGAAUUUGACAGAAACUCAGAAGGACAUGAAAAUGUUGAGCUCACAGAGGGUAUCGGCACAAUGGUAGAGGUGGACAACACUGAGAAGUCUGCUGCAGAACAAGUCAUGAAACCUCAAAAAGCCAAUGGAGGGUUGACGAACAACAUCCCUGAAUCAAGUGAUCAGACAAACACCUCAAAGGAAGAAUAUACCUGCAACUGUGAUCUGACAAAUGACCCAUCAAAGGUCUUUCAGUCCUCGGUGCAGGUGAUGAAGGUGCUUUUAAGUCCAAAGACUGAUCGAUGUAACAGUUUACCUGAAAUUUCCCCAGUGUAUGGACGUAAACUAAGCACUUCUGCUCAAGGUCUCUUGGAUUGCCUUGUUAACUUGCAAUUAAUAGAGUUUGAUCCGGCUAAUGAAGAUGCCAAAGAUGAAAAAUACAGAGAGUUAAUGAAUAUCCUACAAUCCUUGUGGCUUUGUGAGCCUUCAAAAAGCGGACAAAGAGUAAAGCAUAAUGUUCAUCAUUCCCCAGACGAGGACUUAAAUCGUACAUCAUCAUCGGGUGUAGAUGUCAACAGUGGCUCCCGUGGCUCUGGGAACAGCAGCGUAAACAGUGGUGGCCAAACUAAUGGCAAUGUGGGGGUAGACACACUGAUGAAGGUGCAAGAAGUCAAUGAGGCCGUGGACGAAGCAAGUGUCAAAUCAAUAGCUGGGGCAUCAAAAGAGCUAUCACAAAACAUACACAGGGAUGCUCAAUUUUCACCAGAUAGACAAAUGGGACAAACAACAGACACUGAUCCAAAGGAAGAUGAGCCCGGCUCAGAUGAAACAAUUAGAAACAUGGACAGUCCAAGGGAAUUGCCAGAAACACCACAGAGUUCAGGAAGCACAAAUAGUUCAGGAAAUGAAAGUGGCAGUGUUGAGAAAUAUCCAGUAGUUGGCAGAGCCUGUCAAAAGGACAAGAUCCUCAAGAUUGCUCAAGAUCUUGAUCCCUUGUGGCUGUUGAAUUUACUAAACAAACUACAAAAGCAGUUCAUGAAGCAUUAUGUCAAUGCAAUGACAGAGUUCAAAGUGCGCUGGAACUUGGGUGAUAAUGAAGAGGUAGACGACAUGAUAAGUGAAUUAAAAGGUCAAGUCCGAAAAAGGAUACAAGCUAGUAUAGACAGUGAACUGAGGAAGGCCGAAGCCCGGGCUGGACAAGCAACAACUCAUAAAGAGGCCAUAUCAUGUAAUUCAACUGAGAGAAGUGAGGGACGAAGGAGUUUAAUAUCUAGGAAGAACACGGGCACAUCUUACAGUGACCAGCGCAGUGAAAAGGAUGACGAAUUCUGUGAAUGUGAAUCAUGUAAAAAUAACACAAAUGUAUCACAGCCUCAAAUCAUUGCCAAGGCUAUGCAUAUUGCCCCUCUAUUGAUUGCUUUUGACUUAGCGAGAAUUCUACAUUCCAAGAAAAGCGAUACUGCAAAUGCGCAAACGAUUAUACCUACAGCGAACCUUGAACAUGCUGCCAAAACCGUAGAUGAAAAUAUAGCAGCAGAAAUUGUUGUAGGAAAUGUUAUUCUUGAUGCUGUGAGAGAAGUGAAGUGUAUUGGGCAGAAAGAACCGGCAGAAGAAACAUUUGAGAAAUUUGAAGAAAUCAAGGCUGAGGAUGAAACUGCAGAAGAAGAAACAUCUGAGAAGGAAAAUGCUGAAGCGCUUAUGGUUGAAGAGGAGCCAGCAGAAGAGCAACCAUCUGAGAAGCACAUCACUCAAGAUGAAGAAGAAACAGAGGAAACAUCUGAAAAGGACAAUGAUGAUGAGAUCAUGGCUGAGGAUGAAUCUGCACUAGAAGAAACAUCUUCGGAAGAAAUAAGGACUGAGGACGAAACUAAAAUAGACGAUGGGGAAGGAAUCACUCGCGAAGAUGAAUCUGACCUAGAAAACACUUAUGAGAAGAACAAUGCUGAAGAAUCUGCAGAAGAAGAAACCUCUGAGAUGGACGAUGCAAAAGAAACAGUGCUUGAAGUUGGAACUGCAGAAGCAGAAACUUCAGUGAAGGGUAAUAACGAUGACGAUAUUGUCGAAAAUGGAACAGAGGAAGAAGAAAAAUCUGACCAGGAUCCUACUGAAGAAAUCAUGGCUGAGGAUGCUGAAACACCAAUUUCUGAGAAGGAUCACGGUGAAGAGAAAAUGGCAGAAUCUGCAGAGGUGUCUGAGCAGGAACAUUCGGAAUCAUCAAUGGCUGAGGAUGAAUAUGCCCUAGAGGCAAUAUCUGAGAAGGGCAGUCCUGAGGAUGCAGGAACUGAACAUUCUGAAGGAUCAAUGGCUGAGGAUGACACUGCACUAGAAGAAGAGUCUGAGAUUGACAGUGCUGAAAAGCUCAUUGCCAAGGAGGAAUCUGCAGAAGAUAAAUCAUCUGAGAACGAUCCUGCAGAGGAAAUUGUUUCUGAGGCGGAAACUGAAGAUGCAGAGGUAUCUGAAAAGGACCAUAGUGACCAAAACAAUGGUGAAAAUGAAACUGCAGGAGACGAAACGUCUGAGCAAGAGGAUGCUGAUGAAGCCACAGCUGGAGAUGAAUCUGCAUCAGAAGAAACAUCUGAUCAGGACCGGGAAGAAGAUAACAUGGCUGAAGUUGAAACUGCAGAAGGAGGAACAUCUGAGAAGGACAAUGAUGAUGAAAACAAUGAUGAAGAAAACAAUGAUGAAGAAAACAUUGAUGAAGCAAAUAAUGAUGUCGAAAACAAUGAUGAAGGUGGAGAAGAGGAAGCUACUGAGCAGGAUAACUCCAAAUACAACAUGGUUGGGGAUGCAGAUGAAGAAAUGUCUGAAAGUGAGGAAGAUGAAACUGCAGCGGAAGAAACUUCUGAGAAGGACGCUUCAGAGGACACCAUGGCUGAAGAUGAAACUGCAGAGGAGGAAACUCCCAAUCAGGUUAACACCAACGGAACAAUGACUGAAGAUGAAAUUGCAGAAGAAGAUACAUCAGAGAAGGACCCUUCAGAAGAGAUCAUAGCUGAGGCUGAAUCUGCCGAGGAAGAAACAUCUGAGAAGGGUGAAUCCAUGACUGAAGACGAAACAGCAGAAAACCAAACUACUGAGGAGGACAACUCCACAAACAAUGUGGCUGGGGAAAAAACUGCAGAUGAAGAAAUGUCUGAAAAUGACCAUGCUGAGGAAGAUAUUGAUGAAGAUGAAACUGCAGGAGAACAUACUUCUGAGAAGGAUAACGACAAAGAGAGUGUGCCUGAGGAGGAAACUGCAGAUGAAGUAAAAUCUGAGCAGGACAAUGCUGAAGAUGAAACUGGAGAAGAACCAACAUCUGGGGACGCUGUGGAGGAAAUACUGACUGAAGACGACACUGCAGAAACAGAAAUGCCGGAGAAGAAAAACACAGAAGAGAUCAUGGCUGAGGCUGAAUCCGCAGAGGAAGAUUCUUCUGAGAAGGAAUAUGCUGAAGAAACCACGGCUGAGAAUGAAGAUGUAGAAGAAGAAACUCCUGAACAGGUUAACACCAAAGAAAUCAUGACUGAGAAUGAAACUGUGGAAGAAGAAACCUCCAAGGUCGACACUGAAUCCGACUUAGGUAGUGGUGAAGGAAACACCUGUGAAGAUCUGUCUGACGAAGAGGAGGAGGACAUUGAAGCGGACAGACAUCAAGACAGUGAUGUCAUCAACACAACCGGAGGGGAAUCGGCUGGACAAGAAACUGAAUCAGGUAGCUGUGAAGCUGAGACAUGUGGAGAAGAGGAACAUGAGCUAAACCAGACCGCUGAAUGCCCUGAACCGGAUAUUGAGGUAAUACACGAUGAUCCAAAAGAACAAAAUACAUCUGCAGGAUCUGAAUCAAUAGGCAAAGAAGGAAAUGACCUGGAGUCUUCUAAAGUCGAGCAGCAGUCAGUGAAUGAAACUGCAGAUGAAGAAUUGGGGCCAGCCGAAACAGAGGCACCAGAAACUGAUGAAAACGACAGUGCCGAAGAGUCUACGGAAUGUGCAUCGACAGAAAAUAUAGACGAGGGUGAAAUGAGCGAGGAGCCAGUCCAUAUCGGGAAUCAGACUGACGAAAGCCAAAGACCAGCAGCAUCUGAAACCACUGGAGAUGGUUCUGAGGAUGAGGAUGACAUGGAAGCGAAGUCCUCAGAGGCGGUAUCUGCCCCUGAUGAGAUCGGAGAGGAUGAAACUACAGGGGAGGAAGAAGAAGCUACCGAUGAUGUUAAUGAGCCUACUGAAGAUGAAGAACAAUGUCAAACUGAAGAACACAAAGGAGAGGAACCAACAGAUGACCAAAGUUGUAUUACUAAGGAGGGUGAAGAAGAUGACCUGGUCAAAUCUUACGAUGCGACAGAUGGUCAAGAUGGCGUUGAAGAGCUGAAAUCAGUUCUAGCAUCAGAUACAGAGGACCUUGUUGAAGACAUAUCAGUACACAACAUACAUGGAACAAAUGAAAUGGAUAUGCAAGUGGUAGAACUAGAAGAUGACAACGAUAAUGAAACCAAGGAAAUCGUAGCUUCUUCCGGUGAAACGGUUAUUGGAGACGGAUGCCAGGAUGAAACCGAAGCACCCUUGGAGACGUCAGCAAAAGACGAGAAGGGCGCGGCGAUCGAGAACCAAGGAAAUUCUGCCGACGAUGAGGCAGAAGAUGAAGACUCAGAUAAUCAAGAAGAGCAAGAAACUGACGAGGGGGAGAUAGCAGAACUUGUUUCCACAGAGACGAAUGAAGUCAAAGAAGGCAGCCAAGUUGCAGAGGCGAAAGCAUCAUGGACGCUGGACUCCUUAGUCAAAGUAAGCGCAGAGUCAGAGAGCGGAGCUUACGCUGACAUCGAAGAAUCUGAUGUCAGCGAAGUGAAUGCAGGAGACUCAGACAGUGUCGUAAAAAUCCCAUGAGACAUUGACAGAGAGCCAGAAAAGCAACGAUGAGGGAAUAUUGGUAAAUAUAUUUAAAGAGAAACCUUGAGAGGAUACAGUUAGAGCUGAUAUGUAACAGACAUCAGUGAUGUCAGAGAAACUUCUGAGAAGAUUAGACCCGUCAAUAAGGGAAUAUCAGCAUGGAUCCAUCAGAGACGUUGUGAUCCCCAGGCAUUAUCUACCCAUGUGUCUAAAGUUAACUAAAGAAUGGCUUCGAAUGAGGGCAGGCACAUUUGUUAUUGGUGGAUUCAGGGAGGUGUCAAAUGUGUAUUCCUAAUUAAAUUCAGGUUAGUUAUUUAAAAAUAGAGCUUAUUUGUCAAGACCAUGCUGCUAUACUUUUAGGGUCGUUCAAGAUGGUCAUGUCAGUCACGUGAUUUAUAUAUAAAGCACUUUAUUACAUCAUUGCAGCUUUUGUGAAUGUUAGCCACAAAGAAGGAAAUCCAUUAAUACUUGAUAUAUUUAACUACUUCUUAAGUACUGUAUUCUGUAACAAUUGUCAACCUUAGACAAAAACAAGGGUAUAUUUAAGGUAUUUAAAACACAGGCGUUUCGCAAUAGAUUCUACUGUAUCUACUUUACUGUAACUUGAGUCUGUUUAAUUCAAAAACUGUUAGCUAUUUAACAUAUUCAUGGAAUCCCUAAUAUAUAUGUGAAGAUACUUAUUGGCAUAUUUACAUGGUUGGUUUUAUUGCUUAAAUACAUAAAAAAAAUUUUUUUUUCAAUUACCAGUUUAUCUGCACUUUAUUCAUCAACCCAAACCUCAACAACAAACGAUAUCUGUUGUAUUUAUGAUCCCCUUAUGGAAAGCCAAAAUGCUUUUGAAGCUUGUCAAUGAAGAUCAGUGGAAUGGACCUUUGCACACUUAUCCACCUGAAACUUUGCAAGUUAAUGAAGACAUUGUGUAGAGUAAAGCUACCUGCUAAAAAUAUGAUGCCACACACCAAUCCAAGGAGAUACUGAUAUCCUACCACCAGGGGCUUACCAACAUGGCUUGAACUUGAAAAUACAGUUCAAGACAUUUUUAUUUGAUGAUGAUAUUAAGUAUGUGUAUCUGAUAUGUAUGUGUCUAACACACCUUUUGAUCGCACUUGUAACUCAUUUGUUGAAUAAAAAUGUGCAUAAGUGA